CAACUGAACUCUAACCCGACUCUAACCCGUCUCUAAUCCGAUUUGAACCCGAUUUGAACCCUAUUUGAACCCUCGAUGGAAACUUAGUCAUUAAUGAAUUUCCUUCCCUCCCUUGUCUAAAAAAGCAAAAUAAUGUUGUACUAACUUCUUAGUUAUAUGUUUAGUGAAAAUGAUGUUAAUUCGUGAACCAUUGCAGUCCGAAUCCGUUAAACCACUUGGUAGCAUUGUUGCAAACAGUUACAAUGGCGUUCAAUUUGGCUGCUUUUUCAUACAUCGUGGCUUUAAUUGUAGAUGCUUUUUUAAUAUUCUUUGCAAUAUUUCAUGUACGUGCAAAUCACAAAAGAUGAUGACUAUUUUUGACACAAAAUAUUAACUAAAACCGUCAAUAUGAAUGGUUAUAGCAUUUGAUGAAUUAAAGACUGGUUAUAAAAAUCCCAUUGAACAAUGUAACAGUUUAAAUCCGCUAGUUAUUCCAGAAUAUGGUUUACACAUAUUAAUUAACUUUUUAUUUUUAAUCAGUGGGCAAUGGUUCUCAUUGCUUCUAAAUAUUCCAUUAAUAAUAUAUCAUUUAUGGCAAUAUUUCCAUAGACCUGUUAUGUCUAAACCGGGUCUUUAUGAUCCUACUAGUAUAAUGAAUGCUCAAGUUCUGACGACUCACCAAAGAGAAGGAUGGAUUAAACUUGCGUUUUACCUUUUAUCAUUUUUCUAUUAUUUGUAUGGCAUGAUCAGUUCAUUAAUUCAUUGAAGAAAAUAUCUCUUAUUGUAUUUUCAAUAACUUUCUAUGUUGGUUUUUAGCAUGUACAAGUCAGUCUGUGAAUAAGUGGAGGGAUAUUCAAUAUGUUAAAUUGUUAAGAUUUUUUAAAAUAAAGCUUAGUGUUUGCAUACCA